AUGCUGACUUUCAUUGUAACCUGGGUCAUUGCUCACAUUUUCCUAUUACGAUUUAGCUCUGGCAUAACAGUGCGAUUAAACUACACUACCAGUGAUGUGUUGAAUCAACAACUACCCGACUAUGUUAACAUAACGUUGGUCAUCACCGACAACACAACGGCACAGCUUUGCAUGCACCGCAAGCCUUACAUCCGUCUGGACACGCCCAUCUAUACACUGUCAACUGACAAAGAUGGACGCCCGAUUCCCUCUAGAGAGUUUGUCGUUAUUUCUGAGGAUAUCGGCUACUACCAGGAUGUGCAAGGCAACGCAGCCCUACAGAUUGAAAGAAUAGACGACCUUUGGGAAAACAAAACUCGACUUUCACUGAGAGGUACUUUGACUCACGACGGUGUUGUGUACACAUUGUCGCCUUUUGCGCGUGUUGAGCGAGAUGUGACUUCACAGUUUGAACAUUUCGACCUUCAGGAGCAAAAAACUCAUCCUCUUAACGGAUUUAACUAUAUGUUUCCGACUGAAGAAGACAACAAUAUACCUGAAGACAUUGAUUUUGUGCGGCAGAAAUUAAUUCCUCCUUUUGAACAUCCUCGCCAAAAACGCCAGUCCACACCAGACUACUACAUCGACGUUGUUGCUGUAGUAGACUUUGGCUGCUGGAAGAUCUUCCUGACUAGAGCAGCGGGUGUGAGGGACAACGCCAUAAGAGACAUACAGAAAUAUUUUGCUCUUGUUUUUAAUGGGGUCGAUAACUUAUACCAAGGCAUAAAUUCAACAUCAUUCAGGCUUAACGUUCGCCUCAACAAGAUCAUCCUCUGUGAGAGUUCCGAAGCCUCUCCAUUCUCCAAUAAUGCCACAACCCUCGCCGAAAACUAUGUGGAUGGUUCUACUGCUUUAAACAUUUUGGCCGAGUUUGUUAAAUCAAAUAAUGACACUAUUUUCUCACAGUAUGACCACGUCAUGUGCUUCAUAGGAUACAACUUAACAAACGCAGACCGCAGUGUAGAUAUCUUAGGUCGAGCUUAUACUGGAACUACAUGUGAAAAGAAUGGAAAAAGCACAUCCGUUGUUGUGGAAAUGGGAUGUUAUACUUCGAUCCGUACAGCAGCACGCGAACUUGGACACAGCUUAUCAGCCAUGAGAGAUGGGAAAGAUAAUAUGUGUCGCGGAAGUGAUCGCUAUAUCAUGGGAGCAUCAAGCAACUACAAUGUGACUCCCGAGACGGAGCUUAAUCCGUGGAAAUUUUCAAAUUGCAGCAUUAGUUAUUUCAACACAUACAUAAACACCCUCUUACAAACAAAAAGAGGUCAGCAGUGUUUGACAACAUUACUGGAUAAAGAUCCACAGAUUCCAGACGUGUCUGGUCAGAUAUUGGGUCAACUCUAUCCCCCUUCAGAGCAAUGUGUCUUGCUCAGGGGCAACGGUUCAUAUGAUUGUAGAAGUCGAAAAGCCCGUGAAUACUGCAGGGGAAUGUACUGUUACAACCCUGUCGAUAAGUCGUGUCAUCUUUCUUAUGCUUUUGAAGGUACAACGUGCGGCAGUGGAAUGCUGUGUAAGAGAGGCAACUGUGUGACGGACGGAGCUGCACCAAUUGUUGAUGAGGACUGUCCAUUUGGUGAUGAGUUACGGAUAAGAUUUUUAAAGAAUGACAACAAAACCUGCGCUUCCCUCAUUCAAACACAUACAGGAUAUUGUUACGGCCACAAUUAUCAUAAAUAUUGUUGUGCUACCUGCAAAUCUGUGAACAGAAACGUUCCAGGUUGUGAAUAUGGAGAUAGAGACAAAGAUUGUACGGUUGCUUCUUGUAUUAUCAAAUCGAAAUUAGAACGCUGUUGUCAAAAGUGCAACUACACUGCGCCUACUACAACAACGACCACAACACAGCCUGCAUCCUUCUUCAAUACAACUACUAUCUCCAUCACCAAAACCACCUCAUUGCAAACAUAUGCAUCAAACUCUUCUCUUACUAAGACCACAGGAUCGUUGGCAGUUUCGACGUCACAUAACCUCAUACCAGCAGCAACAUCAACACAAAAACCAUCAACAACCGCACCAACAUCAACAGCACAAGCAGCAUCAACAUCAAAAAAACAAGCUACAUCAAUAUCAACAGCACAAGCAGCAUCAACAUCAAAUGCACAAGCAGCAGCUACAUCAACGGCAGUAAAACAAACCACAAACGCACCAACAUCAACAAUACAAGCAGCAGCUACAUCAACUGAAGUCACUAAGGUGGCGAGGGCAUUACCAACAGAAAAAAACACAACAACAGCACAAAGGAUUACUUCUAAUGAAACAAUCAGCUGUGUGGACACCCCAGGGUCAGUAAUGGACAACAUGAGCUGCUUAGACAUAGCAGAGAAAAACAUUGUUUUCUGUAACCUUGCAACAGUCAACACACAAUGCUGCUCAACCUGUGGCCGUGCCGCUAGUGGUGUUACAGGUAAAGUCAGCCACAUGUAGAUCGGAGAGAUGGGAAUUUAGAUAUGUGGUUAACUAAGGUAUAGUAAGUAAAGUAAAUUUCCCGCUCAAAACUGCCUUUCUACGGAGCACGUGAAGCGGCACCUUUUGAUCAGAGUUUCUUCCAGGCAUCUCUUCGGGGGGGUCGAAGCCCCCCCGAAAAAUUUUUACCGCCCCC